UUGCGUAGAAACUUUUAUUUCUUUAUUAUUCCCCCCUUCAUACAUAUUUAAUACAUCCCAUAUAUGGAGUUUUUAUGUCAAAUUUUAUGUGAUUUAGUAAACAGAAUAUAAAUUCCAUCAGAGCUAGAUCGAUCUAUAUGAUUCAAUGAAGAAUGAGCCAAAAAUGGGAUUUUUAAAUAAACGGGGAAUUGAGUGCAAAUGCUACGGGAUGGAAAUGAGGGAAUGUCUACAAUCCCUGGGUUUAAUCAGAUACAAUUUGAAGGAUUUUGGAGGUUCAUUGAUCAGGGCUUAACGGAAGAACUUUCUAAGUUUCCAAAAAUGGAAGAUACAGACCAAGAAAUUGAAUUUCAAUUAUUUGUGGAAACAUAUCAAUUAGGAGAACCCUUGAUAAAAGAAAAAGAUGCUGUGUAUGAAUCACUUACAUAUUCUUCUGAAUUAUAUGUGUCCGCGGGAUUUAUUUGGAAAACCCGUAGGGAGAUGCAAGAACAAACAAUUUUGAUUGGAAAUAUUCCUCUAAUGAAUUCUCUAGGAACUUUUAUAGUAAAUGGAAUAUACAGAAUUGUGAUCAAUCAAAUAUUGCAAAGCCCGGGUAUUUAUUACCGAUCCGAAUUAGACCAUAACGGAAUUUCGGUCUAUACCGGCACCAUAAUAUCAGAUUGGGGAGGAAGAUCAGAAUUAGAGAUUGAUAGAAAAGCACGGAUAUGGGCUCGGGUGAGUAGGAAACAGAAAAUAUCUAUUUUAGUUCUAUCAUCAGCUAUGGGUUCAAAUCUAAGAGAAAUUCUGGAUAAUGUUUGCUACCCGGAAAUUUUCUUGUCUUUCCUGAAUGAUAAGGAGAAAAAAAAAAUUGGGUCAAAAGAAAAUGCCAUUUUGGAGUUUUAUCAACAAUUUGCUUGUGUGGGUGGGGAUCCGGUAUUUUCGGAAUCCUUAUGUAAGGACAUGCAAAAAAAAUUCUUUCAACAAAGAUGCGAAUUAGGAAGGAUUGGUCGACGAAAUAUGAACCGGCGACUGAACCUUGAUAUACCCGAAAAUAAUACGUUUUUGUUACCGCGGGAUAUAUUGGCAGCUGCGGAUCAUUUGAUUGGAAUGAAAUUUGGAAUGGGUACACUUGAUGAUAUGAAUCAUUUGAAACAUAAACGUAUUAGGUCUGUCGCAGAUCUCUUACAAGAUCAAUUCGGAUUGGCUCUAGUUCGUUUAGAAAACGUGGUUCGAGGAACUAUAAGUGGAGCAAUUCGGCAUAAAUUAAUACCGACUCCUCAGAAUUUGGUAACUUCAACUCCAUUAACAACGACUUUUGAAUCUUUUUUUGGAUUACACCCAUUAUCUCAAGUUUUGGAUCGAACUAAUCCAUUGACACAAAUAGUUCAUGGGAGAAAAUUGAGUUAUUUGGGUCCUGGGGGAUUGACAGGGCAAACCGCUAGUUUUCGGAUACGAGAUAUCCAUCCUAGUCACUACGGGCGUAUUUGCCCAAUUGACACAUCUGAAGGAAUCAAUGUUGGGCUUAUUUUUUCUUUACCAACUUGA